AUGUCGGCAGGUGGCAACUACGGGGAAGGCCCCGUGGUGUCGGAUCGAGGGGACCUGCACGGGCUACUGCCCGAGCUCAAUGGCGUCGAGCUUGCUAUGAGCCUCAGCCCCAAGCACCACCAAGGAGGUCCUCAAGUGUUAAGCCAUCUGCAGCAGCUCCACCACCACUCCACGCCCUUCAGCGUCACGGACAUUCUGAGUCCCAUCGAGGAGUCCUACAGGAAGUUGGAGUUGGCUGCUAACCCUCCGUCGCCUUAUAGAUCCACGUCCAGCGGCAGCAGCGUCAACUCCCCGGGGGCAAGCGGAUCGGCCAGCGGCGGUUGCAGCAUGAACGGGAGCUACCCGGUGAUGGGCCAGUUCGGCGGCGGCCAAUACUGCCCCGUCUCCGAGAAUUUGGGGCUGGCCCCGCACUACUCGUCCGGAUGGUACCAGAGCUCGGCGGCGGAUCCCAGAUUUGCAAUUUCCAGAUUGAUGGGCUCGACGGCUGCGUCCGCCAACAUGGGUCACGGGCUGAACACGGGGAUGCCAGGCUUGGGCGCGUGCGCUGUUCCCGACUCGAAACCCAUGCAGUUCCCACUCGCACAACGCCGGAAGAGGCGGGUCCUCUUCACACAGGCCCAGGUGUACGAGCUGGAGAGGCGGUUUAAGCAGCAGAAGUACCUGUCGGCCCCGGAAAGGGAGCACCUCGCCUCCUUGAUCCAUCUGACACCCACCCAGGUGAAAAUAUGGUUCCAGAAUCACAGGUACAAGUGCAAGAGACAGGCCAAGGAGAAGGCGAUGGCUGAACAAAACCAGCACAACCAGUCCUCGAGCUCGCCGAGACGAGUGGCCGUCCCAGUCCUGGUCAAAGACGGCAAACCCUGCUCCGGUGGAUCCGGCGCCGGCAACCAGACGUCCACCUCGACGGCCUCAUCCGACACCACCAGAACGCAGCAGUCGCCUGCGUGCCAGCCCCAGCAGCAGGCGCAGUGUAUGGCCAACAACAGCCUGGCCAUGGCGUACCGGCAGCAGGGCAACUACCAGCAGCAGUGUGGUACGUACCUACCCCUGCAGACUAGGGCAUGGUAG